UGGCGCCGCGAAAGGCGAAAGCACUCGGCAUAAAGAAAAACUCGCCGGUGCUACCAAGGCGAACUGCCCAUCCACCGCUCUGUUGAAAGCGAUCGCGAAGUCGUUUGUUGCGGUUGUGUUUUGAUGUGUACGUGAUGUGUCUCGCUUGAUAGUGCACCCUCAGUGUGGUGGAAGUUCUAACCUAAAAGCUUCGUGGGCAUCGGAGCAUCGCUAUGGGUGGCUUGCUGUGAAUGACCGUUCGUGGAACUGUGUUUUGUGACAACGUGCUGUGCGGCGAACAUGCCCUCAGGAGGCAGGAACUUGAGCGCUCACGAUGUCGUCUAAAAGCGAACUAAAGAAACUAAGCGAAGAGAGCCUGACCCGGCAGCCAGAAGAGGUCUUCGACAUCAUCUGUAAGCUCGGCGAAGGCAGCUAUGGCAGUGUCUACAAAGCGUUACACAAGGAGUCUGGACAGGUGCUCGCCAUCAAGCAAGUGCCUGUGGACACAGAUCUGCAGGAAAUCAUCAAGGAAAUUUCUAUUAUGCAACAGUGUGACAGCCCAUAUGUGGUCAAGUAUUAUGGCUCAUACUUUAAAGGGUCUGACCUAUGGAUUGUUAUGGAGUACUGUGGUGGAGGAUCGGUAUCGGACAUCAUGAGGUUACGGAAGAAAACGCUCACCGAGGAUGAAAUCGCAACUAUCCUGUCCGACACACUGCGAGGAUUGGAAUAUUUGCAUCAGCGGCGGAAGAUACAUAGAGACAUCAAGGCAGGCAAUAUUUUGCUCAACACAGAAGGACAUGCCAAGUUGGCUGACUUUGGCGUUGCUGGCCAGCUCACAGACACCAUGGCAAAGCGCAACACUGUGAUUGGCACACCAUUCUGGAUGGCGCCAGAAGUGAUCCAGGAGAUCGGCUACGACUGUGUAGCGGACAUCUGGAGUCUGGGCAUCACAGCUCUGGAGAUGGCUGAGGGGAAGCCUCCCUAUGGGGACAUUCACCCUAUGAGGGCAAUCUUCAUGAUUCCCACCAAACCUCCUCCAUCAUUUCGGGAUCCAGACCGGUGGUCGCCGGAAUUCAUUGAUUUCGUCUCGCGGUGCCUGGUCAAAAACCCAGAGGAGAGGGCCACAGCAUCGGACCUCCUUCAGCAUGUCUUCAUCAGCAAUGCAAAACCUGUGGCGAUCCUGCAGCAGAUGAUUGUUGAAGCCAGGGACAUUCAGGAGGAUGAGGCAUUCCGCAAGGACAGGAGAGGCAGCACCGGUGAAGCGUUUCUUGAUGAUGACGAGGUGGAUGCUGGCACGAUGGUGAAACUGGACGCUGAUCCAGGCACUUUGGUUCCUGACAGAGGGGCUGGUGGCGAUGCCCCAAUGAACAGUGAUCUAGAGUCAGACCUUGGUACGUUGAUCAUCAACAGUGAUGGCGAAGAGGAUGACUCUACCAUGAAACGUCACGACACUUCCACUGGGGAGCGCAAAGAGAGCUAUCGGCCGUACUUUCUGGACCACUUUGACAAAAAAGAGCGGGAGCAGCAGGGAAGCAGUGGAAGCAAUUCCAAGGCGUCACCGCGGCACGACGGCACUCCGCACCCAAACUAUUUUCCUCAGGACCUGUCCAAGGCACUGGCAGCCACUGCGCCACAGGGCCUGAUUCGGCCACCAGCAACAAGCCACACAGGCAGUGCCUAUGUGCACCAGGAAGUUGCUCAGGCGGUGCCCACCUGUCAGGAACACUUCGCGCAACAGCUUCAGCGGCAGCUGAACCAGAUGAACACGCCCCUGCCAGCCAGCGUGGCAUCUCAGGCCGAGCUCCUGCUGCAGCAGCAGCAACAGCAACAACAACAGCAACAACAACAGCAGAGACUCUUUCAGCAGCAACAGCAACACCAGCAGCAGUUGCAGCAGCUUCAGCAGCUUCAGCGCAUGCAGCAGCAACUACAGCACGGACAGAUGCAACCGCCCCUGCACAACCAGAUUCAGCAGCCACAGCAGCAGCUCUCUGCCGCCCAGUCACCCUCUCACAUGGAUAUGGUGCAAGUACCAAGGUUCCAGCAACGCGGCUACAUGGAAGGUGACUUCGAUUAUCUCAAGUAUCUCAGCUACGAAGAGCUUGGUCAUCGCAUGUCCAGCCUUGACUCGGAGAUGGAACGGGAAAUCGAAGACCUUCGCCGCCGCUACCAUGCCAAGCGACAGCCUAUUUUGGACGCUAUGGACGCGAAGAAAAAGCGGCAGCAAAACUUUUAACUCGGGACUGCCUUCGUCCUAAAGUGGAUGUCUUGUGCUUGCCUUGGACACUGCCUUUGAACUGAAGAUGAACUGGUUCGAGCCUUGUCUUUACAAAGUAUCUCAUCCUGGGAAGAAGCUUGAAGCAGUGAGCAUGUUUUAGUAAUACCUUGCCCUCAACGUAUUUUAACUUAAAAGCUGCAUCACAGAUACCCCGUGCUCAUUUUCCCAUCGCAGUGCUCUCAGAUUCUCACUUGGAAUACAUUUUGCUGUCUUGAAGAGAAAACCAAAACUGAUAAGACACUACUCACUUGAGCACUCAGGGCCUUUUACCUGCUAGCAUAUUUUAGCAGGCCACUAAAAGGGGUACUUAUGCAAUUUUACUUUAUUUCUGUUCCUUGAGCCAUACUCUUGUAGUUUAGUUCCAUUUACUGGCACUCUUCUUUCAUGUUUCAAAACUUCAGUGGCAUUUUUUUUUCCACCUUAGAAUAUUCUAGUCCAGGUUCCUGAAGGCAUUUCUAGAAGAAAACUGUGUACUGCAGUUUUCGCAGGCAGCCUGAACAUUGCACCAUUGAUUGUAGUAUACAUGGUCAUUGAAUUGAUUGUGUUACGAAAAGGAGGUCAGAAGUCGAAAUUUAUCUUAUUUAGCUGUUUGCAUACUUAUCCGAGCUCUUAUUAUGUUUGCAAAAACAAACCCUUUGCACAUCUGACUGGAAGGGCAGGUAAUGACUUAUGUGUGGUUAACCAAAUCCUGUGUUAGUAGAGCAAAAGCUUUCAACUUGAUCGCUACAUCUAAUGACAUCAUCGUGUGCAAAAUAAUUGUUUGGUUUGCGUUCUUUUAAGAUCAGCAGUAAUGUAUAGUCUAGAUGAGCGCAUACCUGAGGUUAUGUGCAUUUGGACCUGCUUUAAGCAACCAAGGCUUUUACCCUUCGUGUGUCAUGUUUUUUGUUUAUUUUUAUAUGUUGAUCGAUAUACAAACUGGUCUUAUAUUGCCUUUACUUCGAUAAUAGGUUUUAGCUAUGUUUUUGGGCAUUUAUUAAGUGGAAAGUGCAUGUUGAACACUCUUGCAAAUUCUUUGUGCUUUUUAUUUUGGUAUUUCUCAACUUGGACAAACAAGCAUCAUGCUGUCUCUGUUGCCAUGGGGUCCUCUGUGACCAUUGUACCUUUGACUCACUUUCACAGGUGUGCCUAGUCGUGAUAUGUACUUCUUUAGAAAUGUUUCGUCAUGCCACAAGUGGAAAAGUGAACUGAUUUUCAUUUUGCAUACUGUGCUUUAGAUGUGACUCUUUUUUGGACGGCUGCAGAUUGUGAAACCUUGUACAUAUGCAGAUUUAUAGAUGAGCUGCUAAGUAAACCUGGAAGUGCCUUGUCUUUGCUAUAUUGUAACAGUGAUGGAUCGUGUCAAGAGUAGACCAUAGCUGUAAUCUUUGUAUGGCUGGCAGGCAUUGCUGGUAACAAAAAAGUAUGAAUUUCUAGUGUUUUUUGUAGUGCACUUGGAACAAACAUGAUCAUCUGACUGCUGA